AGGUAGACCGAAAAAAGGAGAUAGAGACUGAACGACUGAAGGUGACUCAUCAUAUAAAGAAAGAGAAAAGGAGGAAAAGAGAGAGAUACUUUCCAAGGAGUUUCUUCGUUGGUCAUUUUGUCCAUAUAUAUAUAUUCUCCUGUUCUCUCCUUGGUUUCUUGAACAUAGAUCAAAUUGGGGGUUUCAUUUUCUCUGUUUUCUGACUUGGAAAACAGGGAUAGAGGAAGCUUUGCACAGAAGUGAACAUCGCAUCAACAGGUGAACAGACUUUGAAUUGAGAAGACAACAGAAGUAAACCUGGGAUUUGGAUCGUUAGAACGGUAACAGAGGGGGCCAGAAGGAGCAGUGGAAUGGCAAGAGGAGAUAUCACCGCCUCAACUGUCACUGAAACUGAAAAACCCAAACAUCACCAUGACGACGACUGACACCCCUGCGCUCAAUGAUGACAUCAUCGUCGAAGGAGUACGCCGCCUCCUCAACUCCUCCUCUGUCAAUCCCUUGCUCCCUCCCUUCUCCUGCAGCAUCAAUGAAUCCUACAAGUACAUCUUCCUACCUCUGUGCUACUCCUUCACCUUCCUCUUCUCCAUCUCUCUCAACUCUAUCGUUCUCUGGCGUUCCUUCAGACGCACCAAGCGUUGGAACGCCUCCCUCAUCUACAUGGUCAACCUAGCCUCCACUGACUUCAUGUACGGCUUGUCGCUCCCCUUCCUGGUGGCUAGCUACGUGAUGCGCGAUCGAUGGGUCUUCGGGGACUUCAUGUGCAGAUUGGUCCGUUUCCUGUUCUACUUCAACUUGUAUUGUUCGAUAUUCUUCCUGACGUGUAUCUCUGUCCAUCGCUACCUGGGGAUAUGUCACCCUAUGAGGACCAUCACACUGGAGACCAAGAGAGCGGUCAAGGGGACGUGUGUAUUGGUGUGGGGGGUCGUCUUCGCCCUCACCUGCCCGAUAUUCCGGUUCGCCCAAACGGGCCACGUGAUGAGAGGCGUAGGGGACGAGGCGAUGGCAAUUAAUGGUAAUAAUACCGGUACCGUUGGUAGUAUCAGUACUGGGGAGGUGGAGACGUAUCAGAACUGUUGGGACGACGCUAUAGAUAAGGAGUUCCAAGACUAUGUUCCAUAUGCGAUCAUCUUGCAUCUGCUGGGGUUCUUUCUUCCAUUCUCCAUCAUCGCCUGGUGCUACUCACAAGUGGUUCUGACAAUAUUCCGGACCCUGCGCUCCCAGCCCCAGUCACAGCGUAGAGGAGGAGGGGGAGAGGGAAGUGGGAAAGGAGGAGGAGGAUGUGGAGAGGCAGGAGGGAAUGGAGCUGGAGUUGUAGGAGAAGGAGGACUUCAGGGAGGAGGAGAGGGGAUGUCAAUCGUUCUCGGAGCCCACUCUCCAUACGCCCACAGGCGUCGUAAAUCCAUCAAAACCAUCAUCACCAUCACCCUUCUCUUCGCCCUCUGUUUCUUCCCCUUCCACGUCACCAGGACUAUCUUCUUCAUCCUCAAAGUGAGGAAGGGCGUCCCGUGCCACACCAUGACCAUGGUCUCCAUGUGCUAUAAGAUCACGCGCCCACUGGCGUCGUUCAACGCCUGGCUCAACGCACUCCUCUACUUCUUCACCAAGGAGAAAGGGGGUGGCGCCCCCUGUUGCCCACCGCCGGAUACUACCGCCACCAACCAGCAGCACUGGCUCCUCUGGCCGCUGAGGAAGCUGAGAAGGGCGGGGGACGAGGAGGAGGGGGGCAACAGGGGCAAGGAGGGGGGCGUGGUCAAUAACAAGGGUAACAAUAAAGAGACUAAUAAAACACCUGUACAUCUGUUCAGCGGGGUGACCAAAACCAAAGUCAGAUAUACUGCGGAAUAA